AUGGCCAGCCGACGGACUAUGUCGAUGCUAUUGUUGGGCAGUCUAAUUAGUGGCUGGCCAAAAGCCUCUUUGGGGGCCACCAGCAGCAAUGGAAGCUACAGCUACAGCAGCGGGGGCAACACUAGCACCAAUAGCUUCACAUUUCCCUCGGAAUUCUCGGAUCACAAUGCCAACGAUUCCAUGGAAUAUGAUGCCGAGAGUGUGGCCCUUGAGCGCAUCGUCUCCACAAUAGUUCCGGUAUUCUUUGGCAUUAUCGGAUUUGCCGGACUCCUGGGCAACGGACUGGUUAUACUAGUGGUUGUGGCCAACCAACAGAUGCGUUCAACCACCAACUUGCUGAUUAUUAACCUGGCCGUCUCGGACAUCCUGUUCGUCAUCUUCUGCGUACCCUUCACGGCCACCGACUAUGUCCUGCCGGAGUGGCCAUUCGGCAAUGUUUGGUGCAAGUUCGUCCAGUACAUGAUUGUGGUCACCUGCCACUGCAGUGUCUACACACUGGUACUGAUGUCCUUUGAUCGCUUCCUGGCCGUGGUUCAUCCCGUGACGAGCAUGUCCUUGCGAACCGAGCGCAAUGCCACACUAGCCAUCAUGUGUGCCUGGAUAACAAUCGUCACCACCGCCAUUCCAGUGGCUCUUUCACACUCGGUGCGAAUCUAUCAGUAUCAUGGAAAUGCCGGGACAGCUUGCGUCUUUUCCACAGAGGAGGAAGUGUGGAGUCUGGUCGGUUUUCAGGUCUCAUUCUUUUUGUCAUCGUAUGUGGCACCUUUGACGCUGAUUUGCUUCCUUUACAUCGGAAUGCUGGCUCGUCUGUGGAAAAGUGCUCCAGGCUGCAAACCUUCUGCCGAGUCACGCAAGGGAAAGCGACGCGUCACCCGAAUGGUUGUUGUUGUCGUUCUGGCCUUUGCCAUUUGUUGGCUGCCAAUUCAUGUUAUACUUGUGUUGAAGGCCCUAAAUCUUUAUGCAAGUCAUCUGUCGGUCAUCAUCCAGAUCAUUUCGCAUGUGGUGGCCUACACUAAUUCCUGCAUCAAUCCGAUACUCUACGCCUUCCUGUCCGACAACUUCCGCAAGGCUUUCCGCAAGGUGGUUUGGUGUGGUAGCCCGCCUCCUCUGAUGACCAAUCAGCAGAUGACCAAGACCACGCGAACUGCAACCGGCAACGGAACGUCCAAUGUUGAAAUGCUCUAA